AUGCCCUCGGCUGCACCUGUCCGUACGGGCAGGAGGGCUGCGGCUGCCGCUGUCCGAGGCAGAGGCUGUUACGUGGGCGUGAAGGGAGCUGCGGGGGACCACCCAGGCGUUCGGGCAGGAAGAGCGCGGCGGGUCGGAGGGGGUGUUUUGGAUGCUGCGGAUGGUCGUGGCGGGUGCGCUCGGGGCGGCUGGGGUGGAUGGUGGUGUGUGGUGCAGGGGAUGGAGUGGGGUGAGGGAGGCGGCGGCGGUCGGCGGAGGCGGUCGCCUAAGUCGCAGUCUUAUGCGGAGGCGGCGGGCGGGGGUCCGGGAAAGGGGGAGGAGUCGGCGGACGAGGCGGCGGCAGGUUUCCCGGAGUCGGCGUGCUUGAGGAUCCCCGCUGGAGGCGGAGCUGGUCGAGGGGAUGCCGCUGAUAGGAGCCGGACGGAGGCGGAUAUCUGCUGCACGAUGCGGCAGCCGUCUUUCGGGGGCGGAGGCGGCGGGAGGCGGGGCCGCGAGUCGGCGGAGGAGGAAGACAAGCGGUACGGCGGCGGCGGCGUCAGCCGCGAGCCGAUGCAAGCGGAGGCGUUCAGUAGCCCGGCGUCGGUGGGUAGGGAUGUCGUCGUCGGCUGGCUGAUGCUGGCGGUGAUUUCGGCUCUGGGCAGGAUGCUGGUCGUGAGGGAGGAGCCGGAUGGCGGUGUGAGGACGGGUGAGGGCGGCGCCGUAGGGCGGGGGGGUCCAGGCGUCAUGUCUGCUGCGGAGUCGGGUCCGGCUCCUGUCUGA